GAAUCAUCAACUUCCUCAUUUUUCUGAAAAUUCCAAACUGCAAACAGCGAAACACACAAAAUGGCGCAAAGAAUCGUUCUUCAAAUAAUCAUAGAUUGGAUAUGCUUAUUGAUAGUUUCUGUACCUAUACUUGUAUUCAAGCUUGCUGGCAAGCCUUUUAAGAGAGGAUUUUUCUGUGAUGAUGAAAGUAUUAUGCACCCUUUUCGAGACUCUACGAUAAGUACAGUGACAUUAUUUGUAGUGGGAUUGGGACUUCCUCCUGUCUGUAUCCUCAUCACAGAAGGUUAUUAUGUCCUAAUGAGAAAAAGACAGGGAGAGGAAUUCAAAUAUUUUCAAAUUGGGAAAUUCAACAUUCAUCCGUAUGUCUGGGUGUGUUAUAAACAGAUUGGCGUUUUCUUCUUUGGUGCUGCAACUAGUCAGCUUACAACAGACAUUGCUAAAUAUACAAUAGGAAGACUAAGACCUCAUUUUAUUGACAUUUGCAAGCCUAAUUAUUCUCUAGUACCCGGAUACACAGGGGACUGUACUACAUUAGGAUAUAUUGAGAGAGAUAUAUGUGAAGGAACCGAUACAAAUUUAAUGAAAGAAAUGAGACUAUCAUUUAUGUCAGGUCAUGCUUCAUUUUCUGCCUACACAAUGAUCUACUUGGUGCUUUACAUCCAUGCAAGAUGGCAAUGGAAAGGACAAAAACUUCUGAGACCAUUUCUACAAGUGGUGAUCCUCUACAUGACAUAUUACACAUGCCUUUCCCGUAUAUCAGACUACAAGCACCAUUGGAGUGAUGUUCUCAUGGGAUUUAUACAGGGCCUUGCAGUUGCAGUUUUAGUUGCACAAUACGUAUCUGAUCUCUUCAAGAAAGAAAAAAUCUGGGACCUAAUAGAGCGCGUCCAAACAACCACAAAACCUCAUAAAAUAGUGGCUGCCAAUGGUGACGCAGUUCAGGAUGGAGAUGUGUCGACGGGUACGGAAGUGGUCUAUAUGACCAAAGUUUAGCCAUUUCUUUUAGCUCUCCUCUGCACCUGUCGAUCAACUGCUGGCUUAGCUGAGUAGGGGAUUUUUACAGCCUUCUCUCUUCACUAAAUAGUUGGACUUUACAAAGUUUGACAGUGGCAACCCUAUCCUGAUUGAGGAGUAACACCAAGAGAUGGAGGGGUGUGAUUUUUAACAUUACAGAAUAUACUUAAUUGAGCUCAUUAAAAAUAUUUGGAGCCUUUAUAUUAUAUAAAUUUACACAUACAAUUAUGAAUAAUGUAAAUAUAGUAAUCAGAGUAAUAAGUUGUUAAACGACGAUGGCUUGUAAUUGUCCAUGCUCUAUAAUGCAUGGACGUAGCGCCUAUUACGCAAAAUACGCACAGGCGUACCAAAUAAAUUUGAAAAAUAUUAAAAAUGUGUUAUAAUGUAUUAAUUUAUUUGCGAAUUUAUUGAUGCUUCCUAACAUUUAAAGUUGAUAAAAACACUUAGAUUCCAUUAAAUAACGUCCUUGAAAA